AAACUCAAAGCAGCCCCCAUUACAGGCCAACACUCUCCUUCAUCUGCAGCAGGCAGUCAGGGCUUCGAUGGCAGCGGCGGCGUAGUAUCUGGCAUUCAUUUCUUAUACUUCAGCCGACAUCACAGACCUGGAGUACGGCAAAGGCCUCAAAACGCGCCUGGACUUGAGCAAUACCACCCUCUGUUAGCCCCAAACGUACAGCAUAGAUCAACAUGGCAGACGAGGACAAACAGCCUGCAGAGACAGAAGACAUUCCCGUACCAGCAAAACCAAGGACAAAACGUAAAAAGGCAUCACGCGCCUGCUUCCACUGUCAAAAAGCGCAUCUCACUUGUGAUGAUGCGCGACCGUGCCAGCGGUGUAUCAAGCGAGGGCUAGGAGAGACGUGCCACGACGGCGUACGGAAAAAGGCCAAGUAUCUACAAGAUGUUCAAACACAACAGGUUCAGUCGUCCAAUAAAACGAAUCGACCGCCUCAGCUCCUCAAGUUGGAGUCUGCAGCGACCGUGUCAUCGGCGCAGCAAGGUUCCUUCGAUGCGUCGACGCCUGGUGAUAGCAGUGACUUUGGUGCACCUUUGAGCAAUACGGGCACCGUCAACAUGGCAGCAGUCCAGCCGCCCGCCAGCAAUAGUCAGGGCAAUCUGGGCUACAACUUCCUUGAUGACAACCUCCUCUUCGAGUACCCACCGCUGUCAACCUACGACUUUGAUUCCAAGACAGCCAACCUCGAGUACUCCAUGAUCUCUACCAUGCUUGGCAAUGAGUUUCAAACACCCGGUACCGAUCAGCCAAGCCCUGAUCAUUUCGCUUUUCCAUCGCCACACGACUCGCAUGGACCGAAUCGACGUGCGUCAGGCACACCCGAUUCACGCUUGACUUCUGAACCACCUUCAGGGUCUGUCAACAGGCAGAAUGGACAGGGUGCGUAUAAUUCUUAUGCAAAUGCAGCAUUCCCGCUCAUCAAUGCUACAUCGCCGCGUAUAGCCCUGGAGGAGGGAGGCAAUGUUGUUCCGCUCCCCAUGCUGAACGGACAAGCUGCAUCAACACAGCAGCAGCAGCAGCAGCAGCAACAACAACGGCGACCUUCCGGGACUACUUCGGGAUACGUCGAUCCACAUGGUCAACGACCGACACCGGUUGCUAAACGCCCGAUACAGUGCAGACCAGGUCUCAACCCCUCCGACCCUUCCACCAUUUACAAAUCCAUCACAGCGCCCUUCCACUAUACGAGCGGGUAUCACCUCCUCAAUGCCUAUCUUCGAGGUCGUUUCGGAAAAGCAGAUUUGCUGCGUAUUGCACGAGCGAUUGUCGGGUAUCGUCCAAGUUUCAUUGCUUUGACCAAGACAUUGAGAGAGGAAGAUUUGACAUUCAUGGAGAUUUGCUUUCAACGCACCAUGCUUGAGUAUGAGAAGUUUGUCGGUUAUUCAGGCACACCCACCGUUAUUUGGCGGCGUACAGGGCAAAUUGAGCUUGUUGGUAAAGAGUUCUGCUUGCUCACUGGUUGGUCUCGUGAUGCGCUCUUGGCAAAGCAAACGUUCAUUGUUGAGCUGAUGGAUGAUUCUUCUGUUGUUGAAUAUUUUGAGCGAUUCUCAGAACAUGCGUUUGCUGAUACGAGUAGUGUGCAAACGACCUGCGUCUUGCUCACACCACAAAAGAGACCAGUACCGUGUGCAUUCUGCUUCACCAUCAAGCGCGAUGUUUUCGAUAUUCCCAUGGUGAUUGUUGGUAACUUCCUGCCAGUCUUGUAGGAGAUUUUCUUCUUUUAUAAAAUGGCGUCUUUGAGGACGGGUUUGGCGAUAUCCCAGGGUCCAUGAAUCUCA